AUGGUUGGUCGCUAUCUCUUGCUGAAUUUCUUUGUGGGAUCGUAUUUGCACUUUGUGGUUGAGGAUUUUGGCAAAAAUUACACCUUCCAGACGCAGGCGUACCAGGAGACUUCGAGCCCGUGCAAGGCUCCACUGGCAUCUGCACAAAACUGGACUGAGGCCUCUUACCUACGAGGAUUACAAAAGCGACAGCCACAUUUUGUGGACAAUGUGGACGACACUGGACCGAUGCAAGCGAUGGAUCGUUUCAGCAUGUGCCCAGAAAUCAAAGACAAGUUCAAGCAGAGGACAAGAUCUCAGACUCCGGCUGCACCGAAAACGACCAAGAACAGACGCAAGAACAAGACCAAGAAGGGACAGGGCAAGGGGAAAAGCCAACAGCAAUUUCAGGCGCCCUCUUUGCCAGAAGCUCCUUGGCAGUCAGCGAAGGCAUCGGCAUCAGCAUCGACGCCCUCGCCUGCAGAGCUUCAGCUCCGCACUUUGAUGACUGCAAUGAAAAAGAACGAAUCGAAUUUGCCUGCCGACUUGCAGGCAUUGCUCCAGGAGACGCACAAGACGCAGUCUCAGGAUAUGACAAAAGUUCUCCAUUCAGCAGUGACAAAACUGGGGAAGGCGAAGAAGGCUCUCCAGGAUGCAAGGACAUCGAGAAUGAACUUGCACAAUGUUUGGAAGAACUAUUUGACGGCCAGCGUGGAGAAGUGGAAGGAAUUUUGCCUCGAUUUCGAGAAGCAAGACACGGAGCUGGCUCAACAGGUCCAGACGGCCUCGGAGGCUGUCAAGACAGCUCAAGAAGGGCUGGAGGCAUCCAAGCGGGAAGCCAAAGAUGUGGAGGACCUGGACAACGAUGGCAGAAGCGAUGUGCCAUUGGAGAUCUCGGACGAAGAAACACAAGAAGCUUUGGACACCAAGGGCCAGGCUUUGAAAGAGGGCCUGAACAUUAUGCUUCACAAUUUGGAGUCGCUUCGAGACAAGGCGGAUCUUGCCGCAGAAGAGCAGGCAACCAAACGUCCGCGCACCAAGGCUCCAGAUGACUCCUCUGCUGCGCCAUCGCAGCCUUUUGCGAUGCCCGGUCAAUAG